UUCUCCAUCAACGAUUCACCGAAAACGAAAGUGACUCCUAACCCUCUGUGCGUGCGUGCGUGUGUGUCCCGGCUUUAUUCGUCUCACUGUUCAAUAUGUAGCUCAAAAAUAUAAGAAUUUCCACGCAGACAUCCCUUUUACUUUAUUGUCUCGUCAUUGAGAGUCGUUCAGGAGCAGACAUGCAGCAGAAUGACGAGAAAAGUGUGGAGAAACUCAUGGACGAGCAGCUGAAGGCAGAGGGACUCUACCGCAAGAAGAUAGCCAAGGACGGCUCGUGUUUAUUCAGAGCCGUGGCUGAGCAGGUGCUGCACUGUCAGAGUCUGCACACCAAGGUCCGGGCCGAGUGUGUGAAAUACCUCAGACAGGAGCGGGACCUGUACGAAUCGUUUAUCGAAGGCGAUUUUGAGGAAUACCUGCACAUGCUUCAGGAUCCUCAGAGCUGGGUUGGUCAAGUGGAAAUAAGUGCUCUGGCUGUUCUCUAUAAGCAUGAUUUUAUCAUCUAUCAGCAGCCUGGAGAACCUCCAGUGAACAUCACGCAGAAAGGCUACCCUGAUCAGGUGCGGCUCUGCUUCCUCAAUGGAAACCAUUACGACAGUGUUUACCAGAUAUCUUCUGUCAAAAAUGCUGCUAUGUGCCAGUCGAUCCUGUAUGAGCUGCUGUAUGAACGUGUGUAUGGUGUGGACCAGAGUAUGUUAGUGCCAAGCCUGAGGGUGUCCAGAGCAAAGAAUGAAACCAUUGAGGUGGAAGAGUGUGAGAGCAGUGGGGACUCCGACCUGGAUGAGGGAGAGGAUUUCUGGUCCAGGGAAGCUACAGGCAGGACAGCCGGUGUGAACAACAGGACCGCUUAUAAGGGCCGCGGGCGGGGCCAAGCCAGAGGGGUAGGGCGUGGCUGCCUGCUUCGUAAGGUGCAGGAUUCCCUGAGCCCCACCCUCUUUAGGAAUGUGGAGUAUGAAAUGUGGCUACGCUCAAAACGAGUUCAGCAGAGGAGGGAUUUCUGCAUGGCAGCUGGGAUGCAUUACAAGGCUGGGGACAAGUGCCAGGUGCGGUUAAAUAAUACUGAUCGCUUCUACAGUGCCUACAUUCAGGACGUCAGCCCUGAUGACGGACCUGUCACUGUCUUCAUCAAGGAACUUGGAGAGAAGUACAGUGUUCCACUGUGGAAUCUUCGCACUCCUUCAGAAGACUCCUGGUCUACAGUGACGGAGAAAAGCAAAAGACAGACUGCACCCAGCAGCAACGGGUCCACAAGUGAGCGUGACACAAAACCUGGAAGGAAGACUAUGAGGUCAGUGUCACAUGGUCCUACAGCAUCAUCAGGCUCUACCCCUGGAAACCGCAUAGAACAACAACAUUCCUGGCCCCCACAUGACAUCAUAGAGCCUCAACCACUAGGAAAGAAUGGUAGCAGCAGGAGGAGUGAUCAGGGCACAGGUGGGUUGUGUGUGUCGCCUGUGGAGGAAGACAAACAGGCGCUGCUGGAGCUCCUGAACAAAGACGAGGAAAACUUCCCGACACUUGAAGCCAGUGUGCAGGCUGCUAGUGUUGAGGGGAGUAGAAGAGCUGAGAAAAAAGGCUCCCGAAAGAAAGCCAGUGCAGAUACCAAAGAGCAAUCUCUGAACCCUAUUCACAAAGCUGAAAGAGGAAAACAGGCAAAGAAAGGUUCAGUGAAUCAAGAUCAAAGAAUAUCUCCUCCCCCCAAAGAGGAACCAAAUCCUACACCGUCCACUGCCUUACCUGCCCCUUCAGCCCCAAAGUCCACAAAAGCUUCCCCUGCAUCCACAACAGCACAGGCCAGAGUUCCCUACAAAACAUCAUCUUUGUCUCCUCGCAUUUCCUCCAGUCAGUCCCAAACUGUCCUUGCUCCAUCUAUGAGAACCCCAGCUUCUUUGGAGACUACCCACAUCCAGUCUCCAACUGCCACUGUUCCAUUUACUCAACCCCAGGAUUCUUUCCAGACUGCUCCCAUUCAGUCUCAAACUGACCCUGCUCCAUCUAUGAGAAGCCCAGCUUCUUUGAAGACUACCCACAUUCAGUCUCCAACUGCCCCUGUUCCAUCUACUGAUUCUUUCCAGACUACCCACAUCCAGUCUCCAAGUGCCCCUGUUCCAUCUACUGAUUCUUUCCAGACUACCCACAUCCAGUCUCCAACUACUCCUGUUCCAUCUACUGAUUCUUUCCAGACUACCCCCAUUCAGUCUCAAACUGCCCCUGCUCCAUCCAUAAGAACCCCAGCUUCUUUGGAGACUACCCACAUCCAGUCUCCAACUGCUCCUGUUCCAUCUACUAGACCCCAGGAUUCUUUCCAGACUACCCCCAUUCAGUCUCAAACUGCCCCUGCUCCAUCCAUGAGAACCCCAGCUUCUUUGGAGACUACCCACAUCCAGUCUCCAACUGCUCCUGUUCCAUCUACUAGACCCCAGGAUUCUUUCCAGACUGCUCCCAUUCAGUCUCAAACUGCCACUGUUCCAUUUACAAGACCAAUAGUUUUGUUUGAGAAUACCUCCACUGAGUCUCAAGCUACACUUGAGCCAUCUAAAAUGAUCCCAGUAUCUUCUCAAACUACCCUUGUCCAACCUCAAACUCUCCCUUUGCCUACCACAUCUGUACCUACCGCAGUAUCCUCUCAGUGUACCCCCAGUCAGUGUCUAACUGUGUCCAAACCCAUCCUUGUGACAACAACCUCAUUACACCAGAACAUCUCUCAAACUAUUCAAUCCCAAGUCUCAGAUCCAACUGCAUCAGUAACUAGACCUGUGUCCCUGAACCCUGUUCUCGAAGCUGCUACCACUCCUAUUUCUUUUCAAAUGACCACAAUACCUUUCUCUCCAGCCACACCUGCUCUUAACCCUGAAUCUACCCUAGUAUCUUCCCCUUCCACCUUACAGACUACUCCUGCACUCACUUAUGCCCUUUCCCAAACUACCUCAGCAACUGCCCAGGGUCCUGUCCCUGCCCCAUCACAAAUUAAUUCUGCCACUGAAGUGCCUGGUUCAGCAGAUCUUUCUGCUGACUCAAAAUCUCCUCCUGCACAGACGGCAUCUGAGCAGUCAGAUUCAGCUGGUGUACCCAGUCCUGUCCAUGUCCCACACUCCAUCACCCCUCCUGCUCAACCAGUCCCUUCUUUUGCCCCCUCUUACUCUGUUGGGUUUGGUACUCAUCUACCUUAUCCACCCUAUGCCCCAUAUCCAGCCCCUGUGCCAUCUUUAUCUCCAAAUAUAUCUGCCCCCAUGCCAGAUCCCUGUCUUCCUCCUGCUGUUCCAACUCCACCUUUCUCUCAUGCUGCGGAGUCCUACCUGUAUGAACCUGUAGUCUCACCUGUUGUAGCAGGUGCUGGAGGAGCCUUAGUGCCUGACCCCCCACCCCAACACUCCGUCACACUUGCACAGCUUUGCCAAGACCCGCUUUACCCUGGUUUUCCCCAGAAUGACAAGGAUGAACUUGUCCAGCCCCCACCGUUCUCCCGACACAAUACUGGAAAAGACCUGCCAAGCGAUACAAAUGUCCUUAGAUUCUUCUUUAACCUUGGGCUCAAGGCAUACAUGUAUCAGAUGUUGCCUCCAGUUACCUACCUAGCACCACUGGUUCAGGCCUACCACCACAUGCCCAAAGUCUCUCCUCCUCCUGUAUCCUGGCAACAAGACAACUCUAGACCAAUUUUUCCUUCCACCAACCCUCCCCCUGCUGGGAGCACUCCUGUUAGUCAUUUUGAGGUAAGGGGCAUGGUCCGCACUCCUUCUCCGAUGGAAGUCGGCGUGUUCAGCCAUCAUUCACUACCUAUGCAGAUGCCAUUGUCUAUUGCCUCCUGUCCCACAGUAUAUGCAGGUGUGGGUUCAGUGCCCCCUGCUGGUCCAUCACUACAGUAUUCUGCCCCUCCCCUCUCUGUAGGGCCUCAGCAUCUCUCUGUCCCCCCUCCCCGACAUUAUGGGAUCCCCAUACCGACAGUGCCACCAAUAAUGGAAGGAGGGCAGGGCGGUCAAAGGUCUUUGACUCCACAGGUAGAAAAAUCAUUUUGGGCAGGUCAAAGUCAACAACAUUCAGAAGGUGGAGACAUUAAGCCAGGGGCUGUCCCUGUUACCAUGGAGAUACAGCACAGUAGUGGAGCUCAAGCAGUUCUGAGUGGUGGUGUGCCAAGUAAAGGGGCGGAGCCGACGAUGUUGGCCAAUGGAAACAGACGAGAGAAGGGUGGUGGUUUUGUAGGAUCCUCACUGAAAGACUGGGAGACGGAGAAGGUGGAGUUUGGUGAUGCAGAUCUUAAAAGUGGGCGUAGCUACCACAAUCGGUCAUACAAAUCCGGAGGUAGGCAUGGCCAGGAUGAUCGAGGAGGAUUCAGGGGGCGUGGCUCACGUGGAAGGAGAGAGUAUACAGGAUGGACAAGAUAUGAUGGCCAAUUGCCUUACCACAGGGGGUCUGGUGGGAGGAACAGGGGGCGGGGUUACAAUAACACCAGAGCAGCAGGAUACUCGGGUGGGCAGUUCGCACCCACAACUAAAAGCUGACAGUCACUCGUUUCUCAUGGAAUUGGGUGAAGUGUUUUUGUUUUUAAAACUUUUUUCAUAACUUAAAACUCUUUCUUUUUCACUGCUGUGUUUUCCCAAAAAGGUGUGUCCAGUCUGUAUUUAUGUUUUCAUGUAUAUUAAAGGUAAUAAAAGGUUGGAGCUGUGGGUGAUUUUUCUCCACACAGUGAAACGUGGAGACAAACACCUUUUGGAUGGCGCUAACCAUGCACCGUAUCUCUCACAUGAAAAGCAACGACUGCACACAUAUCAUCUCACUGAGGAUGUGAAUGUGGUGAUCGGGACUACACCUGAAUCUCAAUGAUGAGCUUUUGUUUACUGGUUGUUUUGAACCUUAGAUGUGCAUUUAUGGCUUGUUCAAAUCAAAUCAGCCAUGUAACAGGAAAAUGGCAUGACAACAGAUAUAGAUUUUUUUAAAAACAUUGUUCUCCACUUGUGAAGGUGUGAUUUCAGCAAAAAAUUUAAAAUUACACAAUUUGCCACUCCCAGUGUAGUCAAUCAGCUAAGACAAUAUCCCGUGUUUGCUUCUUGAAUUCUGAUUUCAUACUUGGGAUUUUUUUUUUCUCAGAAAAGGCACUAGUUGGGGCACUUUUUCUGUUUAUAUGAAGAAAAGAAAAGUGUCUUGUGCAAAAUGCACACUAGAGCCUUAACGAUGCUGUAAACAGUCAGAGCUAAUAUUAGCUAACUAAUCUAGUUGCUCUAUAGAUUAGAUUAAUUAUUAUCAGGAAUGCAGGUGAAAAAGGUUGGUGUAACUUUGGUGAUGAGGGGAUUGUUUGUCUUUACUGUAGCUUUGGAGGCAGAAAAUCAUGAGAACAUGAGCAACCACAGUUAAAUUCAGACAUCUUGUUCACGGACCAGUGAUCGUCCUGAACAAGUGUUAUUUUUAGUUGUAAUAUUGGCAAUGAAAUAUUUUCAGUUUGUUGCAAUUCCCAUUCAUUUUUACCUGUACUUUGUACUCCCAUGUUUUGUUUUUCUCACUUGCAACCUGUUUGGUUAGGAGGUUUAAAAAAAUGUAAAAAUCACUGGGCACUUUUCUGAAAAUGAACUUUUUUCAGCUUUUGCAAGGAGAUUGCAGAACACCAGGAAACACCAAGCGUAUGUAAUAGCAACCCAAGUUAUAUACAAGAUGCAGUAUAUAGCCAAAUGUUUGUGGAGACCUGACAAUCACACCCAUAACGGGGCAUGUAAGGGGCCUAAAACCUGUUCCAGCAUGAUAAUGCCCCGUGCAUAAAACAAGCUCCAUGAAGACAUGGUGCGUUAAGGUUGAUCCCUGACCUCAACCCCAUUGGAUACAUUUGGGAUGAAUUGGAAUGCAAACUGCACCCCAGGCCUCCUCACCCAACCUCACUAAUGCUCAUAUGGCUGAAUGAACACAACUCCCCACAGCCAUGCUCCAAAAUCUAGUAGAAACCCUUCCCAGCAGAGUGAAGCUUAUUAAAACAGCAAAGAGGGACGAACACUGGAAUGGGAUGUGCAACAAACAUAUACUAGUGUGAGAGUCAUAUGACCAAAGCCUUUCACCAUAUAGUGUGUGUGUAUAUAUAUAUAUAUAUAUAUAUAUAUGCAAGGAUAAUGUAGCUAACCAGUAAAAAUCUCCCAACAAUCUUUCCUGCCUCAAAGCACAUCCAGCAGAAUGUCCUGUAGCUGUAAACAUUAACUAAACCUAACUGCGUAGCGGAACACUGGAAUAAUACGAGGGCCGUCCUCUGGAACAACCAGCUUUUCUGCCUUCUAAAGUAUAAAAGUGGAUGGUGUUUGUAUUUACAUUCACUGAUUUUUGGUUGAAAGCUUGUGUUACUCGUUAGCUUCAGCACAAAACCAAAAAAAGCAAACAUCUCUCAGCUAAUUGGCUAUAUUCAGGCUAAGUGGUGAUAGGAUGUAAAUUUGUUCUUUUGGUUGAAUUACUCUUUUAAGUACAUAUGAAGUUUACGAUUUCAUUAUUUGUUUUUGUGUGAGAAUUUUUUUUUUUUGCUAGUGUCUGUACAUUACUCUCAUCUCCAAGCUUAUGAUGCACAUUGUUUAGAAUUACAGCUUCAUGCACUUUUAUUUCUGAACCUGACGGAGGACUUGUUCAGACAUGGAAACACAGAUCUAUUAAAGCCUAAUGACUGCAACACUCUUCUCUGCUGAAAGGUUGAUGUUCUGUCAGUUGUAGUGCCUUCGACUUUAUUUGGUGGGUUUUUCAGUUCUCGUUCGUUUAUGAGUUGAUGAGUGUGCCUUUGAGUGUGAAGUUGAUGAAUGUGCCUUUUAACAAAAUCUUUGAGCAGUUUUUAAAUUGAGUGCCUACCGUACGUUUAUCACACAACCAAAGAUGCAACUGGAUGCAAUUUUGAUACAAAACCUUAAUAAAGAGAUGUCUGCUUUUCUCAGAA